UCCAGAAUAUCAGAAUCACAAGCCGAAACCGGGCCCUAGAUCUCCGCCAGAUGUUGGCGAAGAAACUACCCUUAAAACCCUUUCCACCAAUCGCACUUCGCCACGUUUCCUGCUCCCCAAUUCAGUACUUUCUAGUUUCUCCUGUCCAAAACCCUAAACCCCUGAUUCUAGGGUUUCAUUUCUCAGUUCAAAUUUGAAGCUCAAGUAGUGCUCAGGAAAAUAAAAAGCUCAGAUAACUCACUCAGCUUCAGAGUCUGGCUGACUUCACCUGCCACAGGUGCUUUGCCAUGUUGCGAUAGAAUCCAUGUGCUCGAAGAUGUUGUACUUCGUGGUACUGCUCGCUCUUCUUCUGGUCUUGGGCCCUACGACGUCGUACUCAGCCUCCGGUCCGCACAUAGCCGAUCUUAAUAUACUGUUACCCCCGAAAAUGACUCAUCCCGUGGAGUACAGGCUUCAAGGAAGUGAUGGUUGCUUCAAAUGGUCAUGGGAUCAUCAUGAUAUUCUAUCUGUGCUACCUGAAUAUAAUUCAAGUAGUCAAUGCUCGACGAGUGCACGGUUGAUAUCAAUUGCCCCUUAUAGUGGUCGAAAGGAGACAGCAAUAUAUGCUGCUGAUGUGCACACUGGGAUUGUAACUCGUUGUAAAGUAUUUAUUGAUAUUUUCUCCAGAAUCCAGAUAUUUCAUAAUUCUAUCAAACUUGAUUUAGACGGGCUUGCUACCCUCCGCAUCCGUGCCUUUGAUAGUGAAGAAAAUGUGUUCUCAUCAUUAGUGGGCUUACAAUUCAUGUGGCACCUGAUGCCUGAAACGGAUGGAUUGCCUCAUCACCUUGUCCAUGUUCCGCUGAAGGAUUCUCCCCUAAGUGAUUGUGGUGGAUUGUGCGGUGAUUUAAAUAUCCAAAUAAAACUUGAAGAUAGUGGUGUAUUUUCAGAUUCAUAUGUUGUAAAAGGAAUCGAAAUCGGCCAGGAGAUUGUUUCUGUUCAUUUGCUUGAGCCAGGAUUAGAGCACAUGGCUGAUAGGAUUACUCUAACUGUAGCUGAAGCGAUGUCACUUGAUCCCUCUUCACCUGUUUUUGUCCUCAUUGGUGCUGUUGUUCAUUAUAGGCUUAAAAUAAUCCGUGGGAAUAUUCCCCAAGUGGUCACUUUACCAUCUCCACAUUAUCGAUGGUAUGUUUCAAAUUCUUCAGUUGCUAAAGUGGACCCUAUCAUGGGAUUAACGAAAGCACUGGAUUUAGGGUUAACAACUGUCGUGGUUGAAGAUACAAGGGUUGCUGGCCACAUGCAAGUUUCAUCACUUUAUGUUGUCUUACCAGAUACCUUACGUAUGUACAUAGCACCAGUUUCUACUUCUGCUGAUGCUCUAGAAGGAGCGGAGGCAGCAGAAGCAAUUGCAGCUGCGGCAUGUUGGUAUGUUGUUUCUGGCCGUCAAUAUCUCAUACAACUGAAGGUUUUCUCCCGAGGACCUGGUGCACGAGAAAUAUACCUUACGGAGAGUGAUGAUGUUAAGUUGUAUGAUAACCAGUCUGAUUACUGGAGAACUUUUAUUGUGGAAGAUGAGAUUGCAGUCAAACAUGGCUGGCAAAGUUCUAGAAUCCUGGAAGCAACUUCUCAGGGACUGGGAAAAUUGAUGGCUUCUUUGACAUAUUUUAGUGGGCCUCAAGAAACAAAGGAGAUUCUCAAAGUUGUGCAAGAAAUCACGGUUUGUGACCAAGUGAAGUUUAUUUUGGAAAAAAUAAGUGGUAUUACACAAAUCAUUCUCCUUCCUUGGGCGCCUGCUGUUUAUCAGGAGGUGGAACUAAAGGCAACAGGAGGUUGUGCAAAAGCAUCUAGUGACUACAGAUGGUUUUCUUCAGACACAGCUACCGUAUUGGUAUCUGCUUCAGGGGUUGUCCAGGCCAAGAAGCCUGGUAAAGCUACUGUUAAAGUGUUAUCAGUUUUUGAUGCAUUGAAUUAUGAUGAGGUGGUUAUUGAAGUUUCCCUGCCCUCAUCAAUGGUUAUGCUUCAUAGCUUUCCUGUGGAGACUGUUGUGGGAUCACAUCUGCCAGCUGCUGUCACAAUGAAAGCAUCAAAUGGUGCCUAUUUUUACAGAUGUGAUGCUUUUAGCUCCUUCAUUAAGUGGAAAUCUAGAAGUGAGUCUUUCAUUAUUGUCAAUGCAACGGGGGAGAGGCCUGUCUCAGGCAUGCUAGAAAAUAUCAAGACCCAUCCAUCAUUAAAUGGUCCUCCGUGCUCUUGGACCUAUGUAUAUGCUUCUGGUCCUGGUCGAUCUAUGUUGCAUGCGACUCUGUCAAAAGAUUAUAAUCAUGUUGAUAACUCUUUACGUGAACCUAUUGCAUUAAAAGCAUCUUUACGUAUUGCGGCAUACCUACCACUUAUCGCUUGUCAGGCAUGUGAUGGAAGCAAAUUUGGUGGUUAUUGGUUUGAUAUGGCUCAAGCAGAAUCUGAAAAUCUAUUGGAAAACUUGGAUAAGUUAUACCUUGUUUCUGCAACAAAUUUAGAUGUAAUGCUUCUUGGUGGACCUGAACAUUGGGAUGAAGGUGUUGACUUCAUUGAGACUGUGGAAAUUCUGGAUGAAGGGCAUGGUCGCAUUAAAAAUGGAGUUUUUGUGCAUCAGGUUUCUGGCAACAGUAGGAGUGUAUACAGAGUUUUAUGCAAAACACUGGGAAACUUUAAACUUGUUUUCAAACGUGGUAAUUUGGUCGGGGAUGACCAUCCUCUGCCAGCAAUAGCGGAAGUUUUGUUGUUAGUUUCGUGCAGCCAUCCUUCCUCAAUUGUACUAAUAGCUGAUGAACCCGUCAACAAAAUCAAUGCCAUACGGGCUGCAAUUCAAGCUGACCGCAAUUCAGGGCGAAUUCAAGUUGCCCCUAUUACUGUGGCAAAUGGACGCACUAUUCGCAUAGCUGCAGUUGGCAUUAGUAACUCCGGAGAAGCCUUUGCAAAUUCAUCUUCUCUUUGUUUGAGGUGGGAACUACAUGGUUGUGAUGGGCUAGCCUACUGGGAUGAUGAUUUUGAUUCGGAUAGGUCUAAAUGCAGUUGGGAGAGGUUUUUGGUCUUGCAGAAUGAGCCAGGACUGUGCAUAGUUCGUGCUAUUGUUAUUGGUUUCUGUGAUACCGUGGCCGAUCAUUAUUCUGGCCAACUGCUAGAAAGCUCAGAGAAUGUUCUUACGGAUGCAAUACGACUGAAGCUUGUUUCUACCAUCAGUGUCAGCCCAGAGUUCAGCUUGCUAUAUUUCAAUCCUGAUGCUGAGUUAAAUCUGUCUAUUAUUGGUGGAAGCUGUUUCUUGGAAACUGUUGUGAAUGAUACUCAAGUAGUAGAAGUUGUUCCACCCCCACCGAGCUUACAGUGCUUGCAACUGAUGUUGUCUCCUAGAGGUUUGGGUACUGCACUUGUGACAGUUCAUGAUAUUGGGCUGGUUCCUCCAAUUGCAGCCUCUGCUGUGGUCCAAGUUGCAGAUGUAGAAUGGAUUAGGAUUACGUCACAAGAGGAGAUAAGCCUCAUGGAAGGAAGCUCACAAACUAUUAAUCUAAUGGCUGGGAUUAAUGAUGGAAACACUUUCGACUCUUCCCAGUUUGCUUACAUGAAUAUUCAUGUGCAUAUUGAGGAUCAUAUAGUUAAACUCAUAGGCAUUGCUGAUACCUCCAGUCCUCGUGGCAAAUAUGUGAACUCGCCAAAUUUUGAAAUAGUGGGAACUCAUCUUGGGAUCACAACUCUUUAUGUCAGUGCUUCACAGCAAUCUGGGCAUGAAAUUUUGAGUCAAACAAUAAAGGUAGAAGUCUAUGCACCACCAAGAAUUCACCCUCCUGAUAUCUUCCUGACACCAAGUGCAUCAUAUGUGCUUUCUGUUGAAGGAGGUCCAACUAUUGGUGUAUAUGUUGAGUAUGCUAGUAUGGAUGAGGGGAUUGCGGCAAUUCAGAAAUCUUCAGGACGAUUGUUUGCAAAUUCACCUGGAAAUACCACUGUUCUUGCCACAUUUUUUGGCAAAGGAGAUACUGCAAUUUGUCAAGCAUAUGGCAGUGUUAGAAUUGGAGUCCCAUCUGUGAUGAUUUUGAAUGUACAAAGUGAACAGCUUGGUGUUGGCUGUGAGAUGCCAAUCUAUCCUGUUUUUCCUGAGGGAGAUUUGUUUUCUUUUUAUGAGCUCUGCAAAAACUAUCAGUGGACUGUAGAGGAUGAAAAGGUGUUGAGUAUCCAUAUGGCAACUCAUUUAUAUGGUGAUGCAAAAGAAAUUCCAUUCACUCAUCAUUUGGAUGAGAAAGAGCUUGGUUUCAUCAAGGUUUUAUAUGGAAGAUCUGCUGGCAGGACAAACAUCACAGUCACUUUCUCAUGUGAUUUAAUAUCUCCUGGUUCUAACUUAGUGUCAAGGUUCUACAGUGCAUCAGUAUCAUUAUUGGUGGUGCCUGAUCUCCCUCUUGCUCUUGGAGUUCCCAUAACCUGGAUUCUUCCACCUAAUUAUACCACCACAAGUCUAUUGCCUUCAUCUUCAGAAUCAUAUGGCCAACGGGAUGGUCAGAGUCGAAAAGGAACUAUUGUUUAUUCUUUAUUAAGAUAUCGUGGUGAAAAGAAUGAAAUGCAGAAGGAUUCUAUUUCCAUUGAUGGGCCUAGGAUAAGGACAAAAGACAGCAACCAUCUUGCAUGCAUUCAAGCAAAAGAUCGCACAACGGGAAGAACUGAGAUUGCCUCUUGUGUCCGGGUUGCUGAGGUGGCUCAGAUAAGGAUAACAAACAAGGAGUUGCCUUUCCAUUUAAUCAAUCUUGCUGUUGGUGCUGAAAUUAAACUUCCAAUAAGCUAUUGCGAUGCUUUAGGAAAUCCAUUUUAUGAAGCAUAUAACGCAGUUGUUGUUAAUGCUGAAACUAAUGAUCGUGAUGUUGUCUCCACAAACAAUACAUGUGAUGAAGAUGGAAAUAUUUGUCUCAAGGCAAUACGGCAUGGUAGAGCUCUUGUGCGAGUAUCGAUGAGUAGUUCAAACCUGAAGUCAGACUAUAUCCUAAUUUUAGUUGGUGCCCACAUACAGCCUCAAAACCCGGUCCUUUUCAAAGGAAGUUAUCUUAACUUCAGUAUAGAAGGUUUACAUGAUCAAGUUUCUGGACAGUGGUUUACUGCGAAUGAGAGUGUUAUAUCUGUAAACAUGCUGUCGGGAAUAGCUGAAGCAAUUGGGGAAGGUGCAGCACUAGUUAUUUUCAACGGUUCAAGUUUGAAACUACAAACAAUGGUCACGGUGCUAACUGCUGAUAUUAUUUCUGUGGAUGCUCCAAAAGAGAUGCUGACAAAUGUUCCUUUUCCCACAAAAGGAUAUAAGUUCUCAGUGAAGCUCAGUGAUACUUAUGGCAACAAGUUUGGAUCUCCUGGGAAUAGUAAGGAAGUUCCAUAUGACUGUAUCGUGGACCCUCCUUUCGUUGGGUAUGCAAAGCCAAGGAUGGAUCUCGACACUGGGAGCACAUAUUGCCUCUUUUUCCCGUACUCACCGGAGCAUUUGGUACACUCUAUGCCAAAGUCAAAGGAAAUGAGACCAGAUAUAUCUGUUUCCAUAAAUGCUUCAAUGAGAGAAGCUAAUCAUGUUUCAGGAUCUUCUUCUGCUCUUUUUAUCGGAGGGUUUUCGGUUUUGGAGAUGGGGGAGAAUUCGAUGCAGUUGAAUCUGACACCGGACUCAAACACGACAAUCAUAACCAUCUUGGGGAAUACAGAUGUUGAAAUCCACUGGCACAAGCACGAUCUGUUAAUGAUCAGAUCCAUCUUUAGAGAAGAAUCUGGGAUUGGUGGGCGUGCGCAAUAUGAGAUCAAAUUGCUAAGAGCCGAGAGAUUCAAAGACAGAGUAACCAUCACACUGCCAACCAAUGGGCAGAGAGUGUUCAUAGAUGUUGACUACGAACCCGUCCAAGGAGCACCGUCAGGAACUACUAUGAAUAAAACCCUUUGGGCAACUGUAGUUGGCUGCUUUGUCCUGUUGGUGAUGACUGUGGUCAUCUUUAUAAGUUUCCUCGACAGACCCAACAGAUCUCAAUCAUCUAUUGUUGUUCCUGCUCCUCCAAGAACUCCAGGCCCCGUGACCCCUGACCAUAGCAGCCCAUCUGUUUUGGACGAGUCUCCUCGAACACCUCAGCCUUUCGUUGACUACGUGAGAAGAACAAUAGAUGAAACUCCAUACUACCGGCGAGAUGGAAGGAGGAGAAAAAUUUUUAUAGGUGGUUUAGCGCGAGAGACGACUGAUGCGCAGUUUGUCAAGCAUUUUGGUAGAUAUGGUGAGAUUAUUGAUUCUGUGAUAAUGAAGGACCGGAAGACAGGGCAACCCCGUGGAUUUGGGUUUGUGACUUAUGCAGACCCCUCUGUGGUUGAUAAAGUCAUUGAGGACGCUCAUAUUAUUAAUGGGAAACAAGUGGAAAUUAAGCGGACUAUUCCUAAAGGAGCUGUUGGCUCUAAGGAUUUCAAGACUAAGAAGAUUUUUGUUGGGGGAAUCCCUACAACCAUGAAUGAAGAUGAGUUCAGGGACUUCUUUACACAAUUUGGAGAGGUCAAGGAACACCAGAUCAUGCGGGACCAUUCUACCAGUCGAUCUCGUGGCUUUGGAUUUAUUACUUUUGAUGCAGACGAAGCUGUUGAUGAUCUCUUGUCCAGGGGUAACAGAUUGGAAAUGGCAGGAACGCAGGUGGAGAUAAAAAAAGCAGAGCCAAAGAAGCCAAAUCCACCACCUGCCCCGUCCAAGCGUUAUAAUGAUUCUCGGCCCACAUUUGGUGGUGGGUUCCGGGAUGGUUAUGGUGGAUUCGGAGAAGGUAGCUUUGGUGGGGGCUAUAGGUCAGCUGGGCCCUAUGGUGGCAGGGGAGGUGCUUAUGGUGGGUACGGUGGAAGUGAAUUCAGUGGUUAUGGAGGAUAUGGUGUUGGUGGUAUGGGUUCAUACAGGGAAGAGCCCUACCUUGGAUACUCGGGUCGUUAUGGAGGAGGCUUUAGCAGAAGUUAUGAUCUAGGAGGUGGUUAUGGUGGACCUGUUGAGGGUUAUGGGGGAUAUGGUGGUGGCAGUACUGGUGCUACUGGUGGCUAUGGGAGUAGCUAUGAUGGCAGCCUAGGCAGUGGAUAUGGAGGGGCCAGUGGCUCCUUCUAUGGAAGCAGAGGGGGCUAUGGUGGUGCAGGGAGUGGUCGAUACCAUCCUUAUGCAAGAUAGAAUGUCGUACAAGGAAGAACUUUUAGGAUUAUAAUAGUACCGGCAAAUGCCAAGUUGUCUCGGUUUGUAUCAUUGAGCCUCAAGUUUGUUGUAUGUUUUCUCAGAUUCUUUUAUUUGUCAAGGAGGUGCUUGGUACUUUUUGUUGAUCA